UUUCUUUCUCCCCUCUCUCUCGCCCCUUGCCUCUCGCCACGCCAAUCCAUGAAAAUGCUCUGGAAACUGACGGAUAAUAUCAAGUAUGAGGAAUGUGAGAUGUUAGUUCACAGUUUCUCAGCGAUGGACCGCCACGAUGCUACCAGCAACGGGACAGCCCGGCUACCCCAGCUGGGGACUGUGGGUCAGUCCCCCUACACCAGCGCACCUCCGCUCUCACAUACACCGAACGCUGACUUUCAGCCCCCCUAUUUCCCACCUCCAUAUCAGCCCAUUUACCCGCAGUCUCAAGACCCGUAUUCCCACGUUAACGAUCCGUAUAGCUUGAACCCUCUUCACGCCCAGCCUCAGCCCCAGCACCCGGGCUGGCCGGGACAGAGGCAAAACCAGGACACGGGGCUUUUGCAUACGCACCGCGGACUUCCCCACCAGCUCUCCGGUUUGGAUCCCCGAAGGGAUUACCGGCGGCAUGAAGAUCUCUUGCACGGACCUCACGGCUUGAGCUCAGGACUAGGAGACAUUCCCAUUCACUCGAUACCUCACUCGCUGGAAGACGUGCCGCACGUAGAGGACCCCGGUAUUAACAUCCCAGAUCAAACUGUAAUUAAGAAAGGCCCCGUGUCCCUCUCCAAGUCUAACGCCAACGCCGUCUCCUCCAUUCCCAUCAACAAGGACGCGCUCUUCGGCGGCGUGGUGAAUCCCAACGAGGUCUUCUGUUCGGUGCCCGGCCGCCUGUCUCUACUCAGCUCCACCUCCAAAUACAAAGUCACCGUGGCAGAAGUGCAGAGGCGCCUGUCCCCGCCGGAGUGCCUCAACGCGUCUCUGCUGGGCGGAGUGCUUCGGAGGGCAAAAUCAAAAAAUGGAGGGAGAUCUUUGAGAGAAAAACUGGACAAAAUAGGAUUAAAUUUGCCAGCCGGGAGACGUAAAGCUGCUAAUGUUACCCUGCUGACAUCACUAGUGGAGGGAGAAGCUGUGCAUCUCGCGAGAGAUUUUGGUUACGUCUGUGAAACAGAAUUUCCUGCCAAAGCAGUAGCUGAAUUUCUCAACCGACAACAUUCCGAUCCAAACGAGCAAGUCACAAGAAAAAACAUGCUACUAGCGACGAAACAGAUCUGUAAGGAGUUCACCGACCUGCUGGCUCAGGAUCGAUCUCCACUGGGGAACUCUCGGCCCACCCCCAUUCUGGAGCCGGGCAUCCAGAGCUGCCUGACCCACUUCAACCUCAUCUCUCACGGCUUUGGCAGCCCUGCUGUGUGCGCCGCAGUCACUGCCCUGCAGAACUAUCUCACCGAGGCGCUCAAGGCCAUGGACAAAAUGUACCUCAGCAACAAUCCUAAUAGUCACACAGAUAACAGCACCAAAAGCGGCGACAAAGAAGAGAAGCACAGAAAAUGAGGAUUUUCUUCUUGCAGCCCCGACCCAACCAGCCAGCCUGGCCCUCCCUCCCCUUCCUCCUCACCCUGAGGCUACGGCCAGAGAAGCUCAGAAAUCUGUCCCAGCCUAUUCACACAGAAGGACCGGGAAAUUCACAUACCCCCACCCUGUCCUCAGUCCUCUUUCUUCUUCCCUCCCUCUCUCCCUCCACCACUUCCCAGUUCAUUUCCAGUUGCUACCCAGUCUGGAGCCUGAGAAAACAAAGGAGGCGAUCAAGCCAUCCUAGGAGGAAAAGGAAAAAAAAUU